CUCUACCCCUAAUAAUGGAAACACAUUAGAAGAUAGUAUAGUAAACACCAUGGAUUGAUUAUUUUUAUGUUUUCUGGCCAUUUCUAUUUUUAUUGAUAAUUUUGAUUCAUAAAAAGAUGAGUGCAAUAUUGGAAGAACGAGAGAAAUUGUAUAGGCUUAUCAUAAGUCAAUUACGAUAUGAUGGACUGGAAGAUGUUGCAAUGAAACUUACACAAGAUGUUAGACCUAAAGCUCCUUGUCCACCAAAUGCACAUCUUUUUCAACAAGUUAGUAAAGCCAGGAACACUGAAGAUUCAAAUGUAGACCAAUCAAGCGUCAAAUUACCAGGACUCACACCACCAGUCAGUUCUGGGAUCAGAGGAUUUGACUUGGAGUCCAUGCCAAAGGAAGGCUCCAAAGCUCCUGAAAUUGGAAUGUACGAGACAUAUUAUGUGACAGCUCAUAAAGGACCAUGCAGAACUGCAUGCUUUACGGAUGAUGGUAAACUUAUUGCUACGGGAUCAUCAGAUUGUUCCAUCAAAGUGCUGGACGUAGAUAGGAUGAUAGUUAAAACAACCACUCCCAGUUCAAAAGACCAUGGAAUGAUGGGGAUGGAAAACCAUCCAGUGAUUAGAACAUUAUAUGAUCAUGCAGAUGAAGUAACAGCGAUGGCUUUUCACCCAUUUUCACCCAUCCUCAUCUCGGGAAGUCGAGAUUUUUCAAUCAAGUUCUUUGAUAUCUCUAAACCCUCCAUAAAGAAAGCAUACAGAUCAAUACAGGAGGUUGAAACGGUUCGAAGUUUAUCAUUCCAUCCAUCAGGAGAUUAUAUUCUUGUCGGUACUGACCAUCCGACUAUACGGUUAUAUGAAGUGAACACGUUACAGUGUUACGUUGCAAGCAACCCGCGAGAAUAUCACAAUGGACCCAUAACGCAGGUCAGUUUUUCACCGUCGGGUCAUCUUUAUGCAUCAACAAGUAAAGAUGGUGCGAUAAAAGUUUGGGAUGGGGUCAGUAAUCGAUGUAUCUCAACUUUCCCAAACGCUCACAACGGUAACGAGGUUUCCUCCGUGAAAUUCUCAAAGAACUCCAAGUAUUUACUCACCAGUGGCAAAGAUUCGUUGAUAUUUCUUUGGGAACUAUCUACAGGUCGGGCAGUCAGCAUGUACACCGGUGCUAAAGUUGCUUUGCAGCAUGCUGUUGGUGCAACGUUCAAUCACACCGAGGAUUACAUUCUAAUGCCAGACAGCACUGACUUACACAACCCUAAAAUCACGUGUUGGGACACAAGAAGCACAGAAAAACUUAAAGUACUCAAUUCAGGUCAUACGAAUAUUAUCGGUUGUCUUCAGCACUCCCCAAGUGCCACCGCCUUCAUUUCAUGCAGCGACGACAAUCGUGCUAGAUUCUGGUACUCAGAAGGAAUAUAACGUUUCCGUGAUAAUCCGACGUGGAUACGAUCAUAGCAAUAACGUCACACUAGAAGCUGUCAGUUGCGUGUACAGACGCGUGCAAAAACUGAUUUACGUUUUAUUCACUUUUUGUGAAGAUGAAUACGUCUUAAAUUUUUGCAUGCAAAUCUUGUAAUUUAUUGGUUGGAAAUAAAUAAUAAAUGUUGAGUAAAAU